UUUAUUCUUUCUUUCCUUCAUCCAACAACAGCAGAGUCACCGAUUACGUUCUCUAAAAUUCACUCCCAAAAAACUCUAUUUGAUUCCACCGAAACCCUAACCCCUUUCGACGAACGAAGGGCAAUCAGUUGCUCGCUCCUUCGAUCCAUUCUUGAAAUUCUCGUUAUCGCUCUUCGAACUCAAGCUCUCUCGCUCGCGAUUUCUGCUUCUGCACCAAUUUCUGCGGUUUCUCAAGAUUUAGAGGUUCAAAGUGGUUCAUUCCUUUGAAGCAUGCCGGGGUUAACGUGCAACGCUUGCAACACCAAAUUCAAAGAUGACACAGAGCAAAAGCUCCAUUACAAAUCCGAGUGGCAUCGAUACAAUCUCAAGCGCAAGGUGGCUGGGGUUCCUGGGGUGACCGAGGCGCUAUUUCUGGCUAGACAAUCUGUGCUUGCUCAAGAGAAAAAUAAACUGGGUGAAACCCCCAUGCUCUACACCUGUGGUCUUUGUGGAAAGGAUUAUAAAAGUUCUAAGGCUCAUGCUGAGCACCUUAAAUCACGUGGUCAUAUGAUGCGGGCCUCUGAAGGAACUAGUCACGCAGAUGAGAAGGCAAUAGUUAAGCCUCUUCCACAACGUGUUGUGAAUAGGCCUCCUCCUAAGAGAGAGGUAGAUAACUCUGAAAAUGAGGAAAGUGAAGAUGAAUGGGAGGAGGUUGAUCCUGAAGAGGAUUUGGUUGACGGUGCUGCAAAGUCCUUGACUGAUUUGAAUGUGAAUGAGCAUGGCGAAAAUGUUGAUAUGGAGGUAGAUGAUGAUUUUGAGGAGUUAGACCCCUCUUGUUGCUUUAUGUGUGAUCAAGAGCACAAAACAAUAGAAGACUGCAUGGUUCACAUGCACAAGCAUCAUGGAUUCUUCAUUCCAGAUGUUGAGUAUUUGAAGGAUCCAAAAGGCCUCCUCACCUAUCUUGGCCUUAAGGUCAAAAAGGACUACAUGUGUCUGUACUGCAAUGAUCGAUGUUAUCCAUUCAGCAGCUUGGAAGCAGUCAGGAAACAUAUGGAGGCAAAAAGUCACUGUAAAGUGCAUUAUGGUGAUGGUGAUGAUGACGAGGAGGUAGAAUUAGAUGAAUUCUAUGAUUAUAGCAGCAGUUAUGUGGAUGAUCAAGGCAAGCAGCUUGUUGCAUCUUGUGAUGCAUCUAACAAUGUAGAACUUGUUGGUGGGUCUGAGCUCAUAAUCACCACGAAAUCUGGUGAAAGAGCAUCAACCAAAACACUAGGUUCCCGUGAAUUUUUGCGUUAUUAUCGUCAAAAACCUCGGCCAUCACUAGCAAAUAUGGCUAUCACUGCUGCGUUGGCUUCAAGGUACAGGAGCAUGGGCUUGACCACUAUCCAAUCAAGGGAGAAGAUUGUGAGGAUGAAAGUGCUGAAGGAAAUGAAUAGGUCAGGUGUGGACAAUAUGCGUACCAAGAUGGCGAUGAAGAGUAAUGUCAUCAGGAACCUGCCAAAGAAUGUACCAUAUUAGUCCUCACUGGUAAUAGUUUUACAUGAGUGGUGCUGUGUAUUAGUUUUUUCUAUAAGGUUUCCUCAUGAAAUAAUUUUGCAUUUCUUGAUCUCAUGAAUCAUCCACAAGGUAUCCAUCAAAGGUAGUAGAGUGACAUGAUAUACAUGAUAUUUUCCAAUGUGGAAUUAGGCAUUUUACUUUUUUCUUUGUCGUUAGGGGUAUCAUCAACAUCUGGAUGAUAAGGACACAUUUCUGAUUGGUUCUAUUUUUGGGUGGAGUGCGGCAUGGAGUUGAUUUUUUUUUUUUUUGGAAAACGAUGGAACCAUAAUGAGUGGAAAUUUUAAUUUUAAUUUUAAUCCUAGAGGAAUUACAAUUUUGCA